AUGCGCCAGUUUUACAAGGACAACCGCAUAGUCCCCUUGGGGAUUAUGCUGUUGACAUUUUUUAUCUUUGUCUAUCAUUUUGAAUUGGGUCGUCAGGUCCCAUUGGGCGAGAUCCCCGCAGCAUCCGCUCCAAAUACAUUCGUUGUUGAAUCUACCGAUCCCAAAGCUGCCGCCAAAUAUGCAGACGAAACUGUUGACCAGCCCGUUCACCAUACUAUUCCCUCUCCCGUUCCUUCCGCUAAACCGCCAAUUUCAACUUCUACUUCAAGUCAUUCGCUUCACCAAGCGAAAGGCCUCGCUACCGACGAUGUGAUCCUCAUGUUUAAGACUGGCGCUACCGUUUUGUGGAAGCGCGUACCCAUCCAUAUGGCGACCACUUUCUCGCCUAAUCGCAUCGAUUCCAAAAACAUCAUUAUUUAUUCCGACUAUCACGAGACCAUCGGACAAUGGGACAUCAUCGACGUUCUUUCCAACUCCUCCGAUAAAGUACGCAAGUCAGAGACCUUCCAGCCAUACCUUCAACAGCAGGACUACGAAGACCGUCAGAAUUACGCCGAGAUGUCCAACGUGCCUGGUGAUGCUGCUGGACCGUCUGGAGGAUGGAAACUCGAUAAAUAUAAAUUCCUGCCUAUCAUUGAGCAUGCGGGGCGCAACAAGCCCAGUGCCAAAUGGUAUAUCUUCAUGGAAGACGAUUCCUACAUCUUCCUCCCCAAUCUCCUUCGCCAUUUGGACCAAUUCGACCAUAAAGACCCCUGGUACCUGGGCAGCCUGGCUUGGAUCCAUGGUGACUACUUCGCUCACGGUGGUUCCGGCUUUGCGCUGUCUCGGGGCGCCUGGGAGAAGAGUUUCGGAAAAGAUCCGAAGAUCGUGGAGAAGUUCGAAAAGUUCACCGAGGAGCACGGCUGUGGAGAUCACAUCCUGGGCCAUGUGCUGCAUGAAUACGGUGUGCAGUUCGGCGAGACCACUGAUGACAAUCGAUUCCGAUAUGGAUUCAACCCGGAAUCUCACUGGUCGACGUGGUAUGAGCCCGCCAACUGGUGCAAGCCGGUGUAUAGCUGGCAUCACACACACAGCAAAGACGUUGCCAGAUUCUACAACCUCGAGCAGUCUUGGGACUUUGAAAAGGGUCCUUUAAGAUAUCGAGACAUCUACGAGGCGCUGGUCGCCCCGUAUCUCCGCCCUCGUGCCGAGUGGUGGGAUAAUUGGUCUGGCAAGUACGAGAUCAAAUCCAGCAUGGCUGCAAGUGCCGAGCCGCCAAGCACGGUCAAAUCUACUGAGACAUGGCGUAGCGCCUGGACGUCGGUGGACGCCUGCGAGGCCGCCUGCAUAUCGUGGGCUGACUGUGUGCAGUGGUCCUUCUACGAAGACCGCUGUAAGAUGGAUAGCAUGGUGCUAUUGGGCAACGGCAUUCCGGAGGGUGACUCCAGGCGACAGACUAGCCUGCCUUGGGUCAGCGGAUGGUUGCCACGUCGGAUUGAAAACUGGGCAUGCCAAGAAUAA